CUUGGAAAUCAUACUUUGCCAUUUUAAAGCCUUUUGCUGUAGCUAGAGUGACUAAAUGGAAAAAUGUCCUGACGAGAUUGAGGACUUGCUGCUGGACGUCCUGGACCAGGCAUUCAUCCAGGAAGUGGUGAAUCUGGAUGGGCUGCUACAGGAUGAGAGAGAGGCUGCAGCGGCGGAGGUUGAGGCCAAGGUCGUCAAGAACCGCCAACAUCUGCUGGAGAGGAUUGAAGCAGCGUAUGAAAAGGAAUUUGAAGAUCUUCUGCACCGUGAGUUCUUGAGUGGUUCUGAUAUAAGAAGGGAAAAAGAAGAACUGGAAGCCAGGCAUGAGAACGAGCGUCAAGCUUUCAACAACCUGACGACUCUCCUUGCUCUGGAUGCCAAGAACAUGCUGCAACAGGACUUGGACACGUCAAAGAAACAUGAGAUGCUGGGCCUGAGGAAGAAGCAGCUGAGGUUACUGUAUGAAUUCAUGGACGAAGUACUGCAUGAUGAAGGAAAAACCAAGAAAUAUGCCGAUAAACUAGCCCAAGCCAAGGAGGAGUAUCAGAGGUUUUAUGAUGAAAACGUUGUCAAGAUGCAUCAUGGCCAACAGCAGAGGCUCAAGGAGGAGGAGCAACUGCAGGAUGAGAGAUCCAAGAGAUUGGCCAAGAGGCUCAGAUGUGUCCAUGUCGAAGUUCUGGAUGAGGAGAAGAACUUAUACAAGCAGGAAGAAGACAAGUUAAAAGCCAGCGAGCAGCAGAGGAAGCUGCAGGUCUUAUUCAGUGAGGAGGCUGGACAGAAUCAUGGCGAGAGGGAGAAGGCUUUGGAGGAACAGCUGAGGUCAGAAAGAAAACAGCAACUUGGGGAGGUGAAAGCAAGACUGGACAUCUGGCGAGAUGCGCGAUUGGUGGCACUGCGGAUCCAAGCGGAAAAGGAUGUGAUCUUGGAGCAGGAGGCAGACGUGAGGCUCGAGAUCAUGAAGAGGCUACAAGAUGGGGACUUCACGGAGAAAAAUCUUCUAGAAAGUGUGCAGAAGGAGAUGAAGUUGAUUCAGAAGGUUCAAGCGCCGUCCAACAAAGAGACAGAAUGGAGCGGGUUCCUUCUCUCCUCCCCUCUCUUUAAACAGCUCUCCCAUAUUGAGGAGCAUGUGGGAAAAUCAUUUGCGUUGGAUGAUAAAGGGCACACCAGUGGCGUACACAUAACAGACGAGCACCUCCACACCACGAAGGGCGAUCAGCUCACCCCAGUGGAGUUGGAUCAUCUCAGCCCAAGCACGUUCGUCGUCUACCAAUAUGGCGUCAACAUCAUGAGAUUACUGCAGAAGGCGGCCGGUGCACCCGUGGUCGAGAUAUUAAUAGCAUCAAACCUCCCCCGAAACAACUUCACCCGGAAUGCCUUCCGGAACUCGUUCUUCUACCAGUAUUCCGGAAACAUCCUCUGGGUUCGCCAGCAAUGUUUGGAUUCCGUAGGGGAUUUCGUGCUGUUGGUGUUGCACUGUUUGGCUCAUAUCAAAGCUGGCGACUUCGUUGACGAUUCACACACCAGGUUCCUGAGAAACUUUUAUAAGUACCUGCAGGUUGUGUGCAAUGAGAUGUUCCAGCUGAAGCGAGCCAACAUGGUGGAGACGGGCCCAAUGCUGCAUGCUGACGUCUUCAAGAGCGGACUCUCCCACAUGACUCCAAAGGUCAAUGUUCAAAAGUACAAGUUCCACCUAGGGACUUGGCUGUCUGGUAUAUCAAACGUUGCAGUGUCGUCUUGUCCCUCGUCAAGUGAUGCUGGCGUUGUUGCUUUGAGGAAGGCACUGCAGCUGAAACAACAAAAGGUGGAAUCUACGAAAAGCUCCGAGUUCAAGAUUGGACGAACCACAGAGCCCUGUGGCCAACAGAAAGCUUUUCUACAGAGGAAGCAAGAUAUCUUGAAUGAAGAGCUUUCAAAGGUUUUCUGCGAUGAGCUUACCCUGACUGAAACGUUAAAGGAUUUGGAGAGAUAUCCAAAGAAAGAUGGCGCUGAGAAGUUAAAGAAGAUAAAGAGGCAAGUGAUGCUGGUCCAGCGGAGGAAGUGUGAUCUCUCGGGUCAGAUCAAAUGUCUGCAGGAGCUUAUCGAGGAGAAAAAUGCCCGUCAUUGACAUUCGCAUCCAGGAAUUGAGAUUGAAACUUUCAGCACCAUCUGGUGUAGAUCUAUGACAAGUUUCUGGCCAGAAAUUGACCUACCCUUCAGCCACUUAUUAGUUCUCUAAAGGCUUCAAUGUUAAACACAAGCGCCAUUAUCAGAGUGAUAAAGGAACUGACUCGUUCAACGCUUUAAAACCAGUUGCAAAGUGAUUCUGACAUUAGAGUUUAUCCCUGAUUGCUUUUUCCCUCGAGGUCAGAAAAGGGGGGGAAAUGUUGGCGGAAAGUGUUAAUGACUUUUAAUGAAUUGUUUUGUCCAUUCCCUUUGGAAAUACAUGUAUGACUUGUUUCUCUCGUUUGAUUAGUUUCCGCUUGAUUUCAACACAACUUUUCUCAAGUGAAUCUUCAAACCCGGUCCACCAUUAACUUAACUGAGAUCACAAACGCUCCUGAAAAACCCCAGGUUAGCUGGAUAUGAAAAGUGUUAACCAAUCGUUUUUCCCGAUGCAGCUCUAACAGACUACAAGAUACACUAUGAGCUGAAGUACAAUUCCGGUCUCAUAAGAACAAAGUUUCAAGUGCACCAGAUAUCAUCAUAUAGGAUUUAUGGAGUUAAUUCCAAGCACAUAUGAACAAGGUUUCAAGUGCACAGAAUUUCGCCUAAGAUUAAUGAAGCUUAUUACGAGCUCAUGUGAACCAGGUUUCUAGUACACCAAAUUUCACAUACGAUUUAUGAGCUGAUGCUGCCCCCAGUCUAUCUAUUUUCGUUCAAAACUCCUGAUUUCUCAUGAGGUUUUUUCUCUACCACUCUCAACCAUUAUUGCUGGCACCAUUUAUUAAUUCAAAAGAUGAGAGAAAAAACUUUGCUUUAGUGUAUGCAUGUACUUAUGCCUGUAUUUGUUAUAAAAUUCUUCUGCUGGUCAGAGAAUAAAGAAAAGUUUUCAAUAU